AUGAACCGUGCUUCUCUUCUGCUUCUCUUUCUUUUCUUCUUUUUUGAGACCCUUCUUGGUCAGAUUGGUGAACACAGUGCGAAGGGGAUGCAUCCGAGGGACGGGGUUUUUCCCCGGAAGGUUUUUGUAACUGUUAACAAACCCCGCACGGUCAAUGAUACUUCGCCCAGAGGGGAUGGUGCCGAUUUUGUCGAGGGUGCAAAGCAGAACGAGUACCACAAUGUUGUCGCUACCGCGGAGGAGCUACUACACAUAAUUGCUGAAAACAAACAUAUGCUCCUAGGACAAGAAAACCCCAACGAGCGCGGACUUAAAGCCGAAUCUGAAAUUAUAAAUGCAAACGAUGAAAAUGUUCUAAAUUUGCUUCUAAGCAGAGAAGAGAAGGAAACCAAAAGGGAAAGGAAGUAUUCGCCACCAGUUAUACUGGUCCUUCCGCAGCCUCUAACCAGACAGGAAUUAUUUUACUACGAGAAAUAUAAGCAUUUGAAGGGGGGCAUUAACCACACUAAGCCUUUACUCUUAAGAGUUUCCUAUUUUGCGAAGUUGAUAGAAAUUAGAAGCAAGAAUAAGGCAGAGGCCAUUGAAGAACUAGCCAUCGCGGAAAAAAUGGUGGAAAAGUGCAACUCCAGGAUCAAUGUCAUUGACGAAGCGUUGGAGGAAAUAUCAAUCGGUGUAUCCACACGGGAAGAUAAGAACACAAAACGACUUAGGGACGAACGAACUUUCUUAAACCAGAAGAGACGCGUUCUGAAUCGAAAAAUCAAGAAAUUACGCUUAAUAAAUUAG